AUGCGAUCACUUCUUUCAGGCAAUUCCCUACAGUGUUACAACUGUCAAACUCAAGAUGGUCAGCUGUAUACCUCUGACGAGUGCAUCCAUAACCAAGUAAUAGAAAACUGCACAGAUGGAAAUUUUACCUGCGCGAAUUAUCGUCGCAACAAAACUACUGAAAAUAAUGAAACAAUUGAGCUACAAGAAAAGGGCUGCCUCUUGAAAGAAAAGUGCUUUAGCCUUCAGGCGCGGUGCGAUGAAACAACCAAAAAUGGCGGUGAAUGUGAAUCUUUGUGUUGUGAUGAUUAUCUGUGCAACGACGACUUUGACGAAGAUCCCGUUCCAGAGUGUUAUCAUUGCGACGGUCCAUUUCCAAAUGGAAGUCUUGGAUUAAGCAGCUUUUCGUCUUUGAAUCAGAGUUAUGGAUCCGACGAGUGUAAUAGAGAUUUAACAACAGUCCCAUGUCCUUAUGGAAAGUGUAGCAAGUUCUCUAGAAGGUUUAAAAACGAAAAUAACAUCGAUAUUGUGGUGGUAAUACGUUCUUGUUUAUCCUCUUCCAAAUGCAAUGAAACCGCAAACUUUUGCCGCAAAGAGUAUAUGGAAAGAAACGACACUAUUUGUGAUGUUCGAUGUUGUGAUUAUAGGUCGUUCUGUAAUGCUGCCCCUCACCGUGAUUUGAUGCCUUUUUUUAUUGCGCUCAUCGGGUUUAUUGCUUGUCAAUUGUGA